AUGUCCACUAAAUCACAGAUCACAACCCGUAAAAAGACACCCGCGAACAUUCCAUCAAUGAUAUAUCUCCUCCGCCGACCUUACACCCGUACUAUUAAAACAAACGCUAUCUCGCUUGCAUACCGCGAAUGCUUCAUGGCCAGGAUGGCAGCAAUAAAAAAUGUUUUGUCGCCCAAUUCCGAUACGAUGAUGACCGAUAUCGACGCAAUGAACGCGUGGAAGAAGUCGUCUGAGACCUGCCCCUCGGCACUCCCCUUAGCUGUCGCCUGCAUGAAUCACAAGG